AUGGCAUCCAACCCUCAACUUGCAAGGCCAAAUGGUGCCCCCACCGCGGCUCCUGUGUCCGCCGGCGACGACACGUGGGACGAGACCAAGUAUGAGGCGAGCCUCAAGCACCUGCAUGAGCUUCAUCUUCAGGCAAGUGGAAAAGAGCCGAGUCAUCAGCUACGUCGCCUUCGAGCUACAAUACCACGAAUGAUUGCCCCUGCCACGGAAAAUAUUGCCAAUCCUGCGGAGCUCUUUCCGGCUCUGCAGCAGUCAAUGGCAUCCGGAGUAAAGGACGUCAAAGACUUCAAGGACUCUAUGACCAGUAGGGAGACGAGCAAGAUAAUAUCACGAGCAGUGCAAAGCCGGCAGAAGAACCCGCUCGGUAUCAAGCCGUGGCGGCCAAAGGACGAUCCAAACUGGACCCAGAUGGACCUGGAUUGA